AUGCCCACCUCGCGCUCGUUUCUCAGUGCCUCCAUCCCCGAGCUCGUGAACAAGCUAUCUACUGAGGAAAAGAUUGCUCUACUCGGUGCUCCCAAUUGGUGGAAUACCAAUGCGGUGGAACGCCUUGAUAUACCCGCUAUCCGAAUGAGCGAUGGCCCGAAUGCGAGUUCAGAUCUCUUCGGCGUUAGAGGAUCAUCACAUUUCGUUUCGACACCCGCUCAGUGCCUUCCUUGUGCUACUUCAAUGGCGUCAACUUUUGACGUAGAUUUGAUACGUCAAGUGGGUGUAUUCCUCGCCGAAGAAACUAAAAUCAAGUCCUCCGUGAUCCUGCUUGCCCCAACAUGCAACAUUCAGCGGAACCCUCUAGGCGGGCGUGCAUUUGAGUCAUUUUCAGAAGAUCCUCAUCUCUCUGGCACACUCGCCGGCGCCUAUGUCGAGGGUCUCCAAUCUCAAGGGAUCGCUUCUACAAUCAAACAUUUUGUCGCCAACGAUCAAGAGCACGAGCGCACGGCGGCCGAAUCAGUCAUCUCAGACCGUGCUCUACGCGAGGUUUAUCUAUAUCCAUUCAUGUUGGCUCAGAAGAUGGCACAGCCUUGGGCGUAUGGACGUAUUGGAGGAGUUCAUUGCUCUGAAAAUACUGAGCUCCUGCAAGGAAUCCUCAGAGAAGAGUGGGGAUUUGAUGGUAUCGUAAUGAGCGACUGGUAUGGAACCUAUAGCGUCGACCUUGGAGUCAAUGCAGGCCUGGACCUCGAGAUGCCUGGACCUCCGCGAUGGCGCACAUCGCUUCUCAUGACGCAUAUGUUAUCAUCCCAAAAGAUUUUACCGUCCAUGCUCGAUAAACGAGUGGGCACGAUGUUGGAAUUUAUUCAACGCCAAGCGCGCCGGAACCCAGAAAUCGUCUAUGGAGAUGGCAUAGAGCGAACUAAAGAUACUAAGGAAGGGCGUGAAUUUUGCCGAAAGCUUGCUGGUGCGGGGACGGUCGUGCUAAGGAACGAGAAGAAAAUUUUGCCCAUCAAGGCAGGGAACGUCAAAAAGGUGGCUUUGAUCGGUCCGAACAUGAAAGGGCGCGUAAUUUCGGGUGGUGGUUCUGCUGCCCUCAAGCCAAGCUAUGUUAUUUCACCAUAUGAAGGAUUAGUUUCCAAUGCGCCUUCGGGCCUCGAAUUUCAUUAUGAAGUUGGAUGCUAUUCACAUAAAUACUUACCCACGCUUGAGAGACACCUCACGACUAGCACCGGAGAGUCGGGUUGGACUUGCACAUUCUACAAUGCAGAUACGCAAGGCAAUCCGACGGGAAAUGCCGUCGCGGAUUUCCGCUUGACUGACACGCGAAUUAGGCUAAACGACUUCCUCCCAGAGGGGUUAGCAUCGACAUGGACGAUUAAGUUGCAAGGCUUUUUAACGGUUGACAGCACAGCAACAUAUCAGCUUGGUCUUACCGUCGCGGGUCGAGCAAGACUGUUCAUAGACGGCGAGCUUAUCGUCGAUAACUGGACGAAGCAGAAGCCUGGUGAAUUCUACUACGGCCAAGGCACGGUGGAAGAGAUUGGCGAUGUUGAAUUGACUGCGGGGAAAGCCAUGAGCAUUUUGGUUGAAUAUACUAAUACGAGUCCUCCGGAUGGUCCAGAAGCUGAUAGGUCUCAACCUGCACUCAUGCGGGGAUUGCGUUUGGGAGGAUGCGAGAAAAUUGAUCCCGACCAGGCGAUGCAGGCCGCAGUCGAUUUGGCGACUUCAUCAGAUGUUGUUAUUUUGGUCGCAGGAUUGUCACCAGACUGGGAGAGUGAAGGGUUUGAUAGGCAGACACUCGAUAUGCCGGGGCGCACGAACGAAUUGAUCUCACGGGUCGCUCGGGCCAAUCCGAACACGGUCGUCUGUGUGCAGGCGGGCUCUGCGGUAUCGAUGCCUUGGGUCAAUGACGUCAACGGGAUUAUUCAGGCUUGGUACCUUGGAAAUGAAGUAGGCAAUGCACUUGCAGAUAUCGUCUACGGAUACGUGAAUCCUAGCGGCCGGCUUUCGCUUACGCUCCCGGUGCGAAAGGAAGACAUCCCUGCAUAUCUGAACAUGCGCAGCGAGCGGGGGAAGAUACAUUAUCGGGAAGAUUUAUUUGUAGGAUACAAAUAUUACCAGGCAAGAGGUGUCGCACCGCUGUUUCCCUUCGGCUUUGGCCUGUCGUAUACAACGUUCAGCUUCUCGAAUCUCGCGAUCAGAGGUCCCCAGUCUCAUGACACCUCCUUUGGCCUCGACGUCUCUGUGACAGUCACCAAUGAUGGUCCGCUUGACGGCUCCGAAGUGGUUCAGGUCUAUGUCGCAGCACCCGAGACAGAUGUUACGACGCCUAGACUGCAGUUACGCGGAUUCACCAAAGUUCAUAAUAUCGUUUCUGGUAGAUCUCAGCAGGCGACAAUCCGCCUGGAUAAGUAUGCUGUGUCCUUCUGGGACCCUGCUGAACGAGCUUGGAGCGCGCGAGCUGGGGUGUAUGAAGUGCUUGUAGGGAAGAACAGCGCAGAUAUUUUACUUCGCGACACUUUCGAGCUCAAUCAAAGCUUCGUGUGGAAUGGUUUGUAA